UCGUUAGCCAUGAAGGUCGCCGCCCUUGUUUCCCUCCUUGCCGCCGUUUCCUUUGCCUCCGCUGAGGUUGUCUGGACAUUCAAGAAGUUCCAGGACGGCGUUGAGGUUCCGCUCGAGCAGGGCCCCGACACCGAAUUCCAGUCGCAGGCCCUGAAGAAGGUUGGCGAGGUGCGGAAGCGCAACAACCGAAUGGGGCGUGCUGCGGACGCUACGGUUACGUCGUCUAACUGGUGCGGAGCUGCUGUUACCGGGUCUGGCUUCUCUUCGGUCGUCGGGAGCUGGGUCGUCCCCACGAUUUCCCGUCGUUCCGGUCAAUCCUCUUCCUCCUCGCCUGCUCUCGCACAGUGGGUGGGAAUCGACGGAUUCUCCAACAGCGCCUUGAUCCAAGCGGGCACGCUUUCACAACUGAGUGGUUCAACUCAACAGAACAUUGCGUGGUCUGAGAUGCUGCCAGCGGCUUUACGGCAAGUAAACCUCGCUGUGUCGACUGGAGACCAUAUUACAACCAAUGUGACGCAAACGGGGGCGACCUCUGGCAGCAUCACCAUCCAGAACACUUCCAAAGGGACCACUCUCGUCGGCACGGUCAGUGGUGGCACCAGACUGUCCAGCACGUCCGCGGAGUGGAUUCUCGAGGACUUUGAGUCCGGUUCUAGCCUUGUUGCAUUCGCCGGUUUCCCCACCAGCACCUUCACGGGUUCCGCCAUCCGCUCGGGAACAUCUGUCAGCCCAGCCACCGCGACCCUUAUCGACAUUGUGCAGAACUCGGAGCUCUGCUCGGCCACCCUCUCGGGCUCGACUGUUUCGAUGAAGGACUCUUGA